AUGGCCGAUACCCCGCCGUCCCAGGGUGCACUCGCCCUUGUCGAGAGCAUCACCAAGCUGGGUGAAGGCUUGAAGAAUGGCGAACGGGGCGCGCGCGAGAGCCUGCUGGGCGCAUGCUCGAAGCUCAUCGCAGAGCUCAGUCACCCCUCCGAGACCAUGCUGCACUUGCUGUGGGCGCAACCGGCGCAUCUCUCCGUCAUCCGCAUGGGCGUCGAGAUCAAGCUCUUCCAGGCCAUGCAGGACAUCGAUGCAGUGGGCGAGACGACCGCUGAAAUCGCCUCGAGGACGGAUCCCAAGACAGAUCCAGUUCUCGUGGGACGCAUGCUUCGCCAUCUCGCAGCCAUGAACACCGUCAACGAAACCGCGCCCGACACCUUCGCACCCACCGCCACCUCCAAAUCCUUCGCCGAGCCCGUUUACCAAGACACGAUCCUCUACAUCAUCGACAACUUCCAGCCCGCCCACCAGAAGAUGCCCAGCUUCUUCCAAACCCACGGCUUCACCACGCCCAACUCGCAGACCGACGGCCCUUUCCAGCACGCCUUCAACUGCAAGGGCUACCACUACUUCGAGUACUUCCAGAAAUUCGACCAGGAGAUGGGGCGGAGAUUCGGCAGCAUGAUGGACGCAUGGAGCAAGGGCCGCCCGCGGUGGUUCGAGCCGGAGUUUUACCCCGUCAAGGAACAAUUGAUCGCAGGCGCGGAGUGUGACGGCGUGUUUUUGGUGGACGUAGGAGGCGGCGUGGGCCAUGAUGUUGAAGGAUUACGGGAGGCGUUCGGUUCCGCGUUGCCGGGUAAGCUCGUGCUGCAGGACAGACCUGAGGUUGUCGAGCACGCACAGAUAGGCGAGGGCGCGGAGAAGAUGGCUCACGACUUCUUAACUGAGCAGCCCGUCAAAGGCGCUCGAGCGUACUACUUCCACUCGAUUAUCCAGGACUGGAGCGACGACGUAAACACGCAGAUCUUGAAGGCGAUUGUCCCAGCCAUGAAGAAAGGGUACUCCAAGGUCCUGGUCAACGACUUCGUGGUGCCAAACCAGGGCGCGGCAUGGCCGCAGACUGCGCUCGAUUGGGAGCUCAUGGCGUCUCUUGGAGCAAGACAUCGCACAGUGACUGAACAUACGAAGCUAUACGAAGGCGCGGGUUUGAGGAUAACCGGUAUCUGGCGACACCCCCAUAGUCUGGACUCGCUGAUCGAGUUGGAGCUCGCAUGA